AUUGAGUCGUCAUCUGUCGCGGAGUCGUUUUGAGGCAGUUUCUUGUGGUUUUCGGCUCGUGUCCUCGCGCUCGCUCGGUUGCUACAACAGAUGCAGGCGGAGGCAGAGACGUUCGCUCCGCAUCACCCCCGCCGGCGCUCCUUUCGGGCCAGUUUAGAGUUUGAAGGAAAAGUUCUGUUGGAGAGUCAUGGCCGAGUCUUUGAGGAGACUGGCGCAGACAUCAUCCUUCAGCGUUUUACAGGACAAGCUUGAGAGCUGGCACAGAGACUACCGCACGAUUUCCUGCGACCAGAACCUGAACAGAUGCUGUGAGCUGAUUGAACUCACAGCGAAGCUCCAGGGCCAGCUGUUUGCCAUCCUCAACCUCACAGCAGCUGAGGGCGGCCAGUAUGCUGGAGUGGACACCCUGAAAACACGGCUGCUGCCUUGGCUUGGAAGCUCGUUCUCUACAGUGAGGCCUUCAGUCAGUGCAGACACCAGCCUGCAGCUCCUGCAGGAUUCAGCAGAGAAGGACAGAAAGAUCCGAGAGCUUUCUCUCUCUCAUGAGAGUGACAUGCAGAAGAUGGAGACUCGGCUGUCUUCCACUCGUCUGCAGCUGGAGUCUGUCAGAGCUCAGUUGUUGGAUGUUCAAAAGGAGCUAGAGGAGACGAAGAGCCGAUCAGCGACCACGCUGCUGGCCACCGAAGAGGAAAUCUUGCAGCUGAAAGCAGAUUUGCAGUCUGCACAGGAGCAGGUGGAGGUUUACAAAAGAAGACUCCAUGUUCCUGAUGAUUACGAGCGACAGAUUCGCCUUCUGAGGGAAGAAUUGUUGCACCUGAACGCAGAGAAGGCCGUGCUGCAGGACAGGUUGGUGAGAAGUCCGAGUCCUCUGCCUCAGCUCAGCCGUCCGUCCAGCCCGCUGAGGGGCGAGUCGCCCACCAGAGCCCAGCUCACGGAGUCCUCCCGCCGUGCGGCGCUCGUGUCCCGAUUCAGCCGACUGUACGCCGCAGAGCGCCUGGAGGCUCAGAACCUGCUGCGACACUACGUCACAGAUGUGGAGAUGGUUCAGAAAAUAAUCUUCAUCGCUGUCGUGGAGUCUUUCCGAUCAGCCAAACUGGCCUACCGUCAGUUUAAGCUGCGAGUGAAAACCUCGUUAUCCUCAUCCCACUUUGGCCCAGAGAGUCUGGAGGAUGCAGCUGUGGACUACAUCGUCAGAAACCUGGACCUUUACGAUGUUCACACCAACGAUGUGAUCAACGCGAUGAACGUGAACCCUCAGAUCUCCUUCCCACCGGAAGUGGACUUCUCCCUCAUCAGUGUUCUGAUCCGGGAGACUUGCAGGCUGGCCUUCGCCAUGCAGACACUGGACCCCCCGCUUGACUUGGCCUUUGCAAGUGAUGGAGAACUGUACAAUGACACCAAAUACUGCAGGAGCUUCGACUCCGACUUCACGGCUCCUCUGGUCACGUUUCACGUCUGGCCCGCCUUGAUGGAAGGAAACACCGUGAUUGUCAAAGGCGAGGCUGUAACCCGGAGAGCUGCUAUGUGGAGCAGCAGCCGCAGGAGCACCAGUCCGGGGCGCUCGCCGUCCCUCAGCCCGACACGCAGUCCUGGGAUUAACAGCAGAAGAAGUCUGUCUCCUGAACGUCUGAGGACCAGUCACCUGUGAGCCUCAGCUCCACAGAGGAACCCUUCAAGCUCCUGAAAUAAAUUCUGAGCUGCUGAG